CAAAUGAUCAGAAUAUAUUUGAAGAUUCUAUAAAUAGCGAAAAUGUCAACAUUGACCUCUUUGAAGAAGAAUUUAAUGAAGAAUUUUCACAAAUUAACAUUGAGGCAACGAACCUUGAAAUAGAAAAUGAACUAGCAAUAGAACAAUUUUUUAAUAUUGGAAUGCUUGAAUGA